AUGGGGUACUUGACAAUAAAAGAUUUCGAAGGUAUGGAUAUCUCAAGUAAUGAACGCAUUGAUGAUUUAUGCGCUGUUGUUCAAAUUGCUACUAUAAAGUAUGAGGAAGAAAAAUUUAAGGAAUCACAAUCUUCUAAACGAAAAAGAUUGAUCAAGGAAAAGGCUUUAAAGAAACCCAUGACCAUGCCUAUGGCCGGCUUCAAGAAACAAGGGUUUGAUGGAGAAACAAUCAUGGCUGCUGCACAAGUUCAAAGCUUAAAGAAUGAUUUGAAAAAAAUAUAUGAGAGCGGGGAGGAGGACAUCGAAUUCAAGAUAAACAAGAAGUCAAAAUAUAAUAAUAAAGAAUCCACAUCUUGUAGAUGUGAGAAAGGGCAGAAGUCGAAUUGCCCCCCCUUGCCAAACCCACCGCCGGACUUGCCCGAAGAAGUCAAUAAUCGUAUAAAGGCAGUUGAUGGAACUGAGGUGAUUAUGGUAAUACAAAAACACCUCACCAACACUGACCUAGAUCGAGACAAAUGUCGGGUGUCCAUACCCUUUGGGAAGAUCAAUAGGGAUUUCUUGAGAGAGAGAGAGAAAGAUCUUCUUGACCAACAAAUCUCAUUGGAAGUGCCAUUCUACGAGCCCUCGCAUAAGGUGAGUAAAAUGAUUUUGAGGCAGUGGGACAUGGGCAAAGGCUCAGGGAAAAGCAGCUCCAUGUACGCGCUGAGGACACACUGGAAUGCUGUCGUCGAAGCGAAUGGUCUCAAGGAAAAAGAUGUGAUCCAAGUUUGGUCCUUCCGAGUUGGCGAUGAACAAAAACUUUGCCUGGCUCUUGUGGUGGUUAGUAGGGUACGAGAUCUUGAUGGCCAUGGCCGGAGCAAAAUGAGUGACAACGUACGAGGGAGCAAGUAG